GUUAUCAGUAGAAUUCGCUUUGUCUAAUAGUAAGACUAGGUCUGUGCAUUAUAAUUCAUUACGUAGCUAUUAAUUGAUUGCGUCGUGUUCAUCUCGCAUCUUUAGUUAGAUUUGUUGAAGUAAUGUGGUAUUGAAGUUGAAUUGGAUGUUUGUUUACUUAUUUAGCAAGCUCAAUUUUAUUCGGGUAAUUUUUAUUAAGUCGACGCUAUUCAGAAGAAGUUAUAAUUUCAUUUUCAUAGUUGAGUCAAUUGUCAAGGAAGAGUUUCGAUUUUCGUAGCGCAAUUUUUAUCAAGAGUAAUUCUUCAAGCUUGUGUGGAAGUUCAGUUCGUGAAAGCAUGUUUCCCUUGGACCCCACUUUUUCUGAAGCGCCAAAAGAUGAAGGAAUCGGUUGUGUUUCGAAACUCAGUGUGAAAAAUUGUACCUAUACAUGGAUAAUCGACAAUUAUUCGGUUCUUUGCGCAACACGAGAAAAGUUUCGAUCCCCCUCUUUUACAGCUCUUGAUGACGAUUUCAAGUGGUGUUUGGAGCAUAAAAUCUCAUGGAGACAGUUUGAAAAUGAAGAUUAUGUUUCCUUUAUCUUGCUUCCUGCUGAUGACAAUGAUUUCAAAAAGUACAGCCCCGUAUCUGGAAAUUUAAAAGCUUCGGUGAGAAAUAUGAAAGGCGCCUGUUGUUAUACAACUGAGAAAGGAGGUUCCUUUAAGAUUAUUUUCAACGGAUCCCCCCGAUAUUUUGAACUGGUUUUGUAUUCAGCGUAUAAAUGCCAAAAAGAGCUGGUAAAUAAUGAUAAAUUUCACGUUGUUUGCAACCUGAAAUACUUGAAAACAAACAAUAAUAGUUCUCGUAAUUACACUGUAUCGGGCCCGAAUCCGUUUAAAACUAUCCAGUGCAGCCUUUCACGUGACUUCGAACGGAUUCGUAUCAAUGGAGAGUUCAGCGAUAUGACUAUUUCAGUUAAAGAUAAAAAUUAUCCGGUUCAUAAAACGGUCUUGGCUGCUCGCAGUUCGGUUUUCAGCGCCAUGUUCAAAAGCAGUAUGCAAGAAAGCCAAAAAAAUCACAUUACUAUUACAGAUAUAGACCAAGAUGUUUUUGAAGAAAUGUUACACUACAUUUAUACUGGAAAGACGAAAAAUUUGGCAGUAUUAGCCUUUGAAUUACUCCCAGUUGCGGAUAAAUAUGAUCUGAAAGAUUUGAGGACGAUGUGCGAAGAAGUCUUGUACAAGAAAUUAGCUCCAGACAACGCACUGAAGAUUCUAAUAUUGGCAGAUAUGCAUCAUGCCAAAGAAUUGAAGAUACUCGCCAUCCGAUACAUCAAGGGGAACAGUGCCAAUUGCAAGAAUUUCAAAAAUUCAGAAAUUUAUAAAGUUUUGACUACAUCUCGUCCUGAGUUGAUGGCAGAUAUGCUGGCUGAAUUUUUGAAUACGGAGUAAUGGACUAUGCAUGAUUUAUAUCUAGGUACAUAUUAAUGUAUUUACGAUUUUUACGUCUUCUGGUAGGUAGGUACCUAUAUUCUGAAUUGAGAGCGGUAUUGUGAAUUUCUCAUCAGAAAGAAAGGAGGGUCGUGAAGAUCUGAAAUCUUAUCCGUAAUUCAAAAAGAUGAAAAUGUUUUUGGAAAGUUGAAUUUUAAGUACCAAGACCGACUCAUUUUUCUCUAUCUAACCCCUUCCUGUUUCCCUGCGUGAGCGACGUUGUAAAAAAUGUGGUAAAUUUCAUGCCUCACAAUGAUUCUCUGCUCAUUUAGUUUUGUCCAAAAUUUCUGCAAUCUUUGCGACAAAUAUGUAUUUAUAUGUUAUCGAUUCAAUCAUACCUAGCUACUUAUAUCUAUUCGAAUUUUGUUUGUAUACUUACUUAUACUCUCUCGAAUUUAAUGUAAGAUAUAAAUUUAUAUACCAAAAGGUGCUUACUACGUAAUAUACCUAGAUAGCUUUUUAUUCAACCUUUUUCCAAGAAUUUUGUUUUUAAAUUUAAGCUACAAAUGUGACAUUUCACUUCAAUAUAAUUAUGUACUUACA